AUGCAGACCAAGACAGGUUCCAUAACACGCAUCCAUCGGAGCAAAGGCUGUCUCAUGUGUCGCCGCUCGAAAGUGAAGUGCAAUGAAGUACAUCCGCAGUGUAGUCGCUGCGCUCGCCGGGGCACUGAAUGUAGCUAUCCUGAUGCCCUGGAGCUCAAUUUCCGCGAUGAGAACAGCAAAGCAGCAGCCCGCGCUGCUGCUCUCUGGCGAACUCGUACUCAGGCAGCGAGACUGCUACAUGAACCCAGCGCCCCUAGUCGCACGCUGGAGGAUCUCCACAGCCGGGUUCUAGCGGCAUUCUACCGUGACUUUGACUGCAGCGCCAAGGUCUCCAACCCUUGGAUUGAAUUCUUUCAAAUGCUGCCAACUCUUUACCGUCGGUCGGCCGGACAGCCCUCCUCCCCCACUCGUGAAGCGAUCCGUGCCCUGGCCAUGGCCCAUCAUUCGCGUCAACAGCAGUACCCGGUUCCACAGCUGGAGAUUAUGGCGCGGACCGAAUACUUACAAGCCAUUACCCAGAUCCGGCUUCAGCUACAGCGAAGUCACGGGAUUCCAAGCACGGAGACCGUCGUAUCGGUUACACUAAUGGGGCUGUUUGACUCGAUCCUUCCUAGUCCCGACCCAGUGCACUCCUGGCAUGGGGCCCACCAGCACGGGGCUAUUUCCAUGGUCCGGCAGCAAAUUGCUGCCCCCAGCUCUGCGGCCAGCAUUGACCCAUAUCUUUUGAAGUAUCAGUACCUGCUAAUGGUAAUAAAUUGUUUGAAUCAUCGCUCACAGCCGCAGCUCCCCCUAAAAUGGUGGGCUGCGGUCAUGGACCCGGGAUUUUCGGCCACCCAUUUGUUUUGUACCAUGUAUCGGCUUGCACAGUGGCAGGCAGAGAUUGAUUCGUUCAUUCUUACUUUCGACCAUCAUGCAUUGUCUGAGAUGAUUGAGAAGCUACACGCAGCCGAUGAAGCAUUGGAGGCAUGGGAGGCCCAACUAUCCCCAAGCGCUCACUUUUCCGAACGGGACGUUAGGGCCGACGAUCCCACGAUCCUGCAAUGGCCUGGCGCCCCAUCACGGGUCUAUGUCUACAAGUCCAGCUGGAACGCAGUGCCCCUCACUUUCUGUUUUGCGACGCGCAUUGUGCUCUACCAAAAUGUUUUGAUGUGUCAUGGCUAUGAUGAGCACGCGGAGCAGAUCAUUGUGGAGAUGAUUCGACACAUCUGCCGCAGCACCAGUGCCGUAUUAAGUGGUGGUGAUGGCAGCACAGAGGCGGAAGAGGGGCUGUCGAUGCGCGGACGGGCGAUUGUGUGGCCGCUAAAUGUCGCCUCCUCCGCCCUGCAGAGCAACCCGAGGGUGCUGGAGAAGGUGGGCUUGGACGCCGCGCAGUGGACGCGACGAGCGCUUCAGCAUGUGCUGAGGCUUUCUGGAAGUAGCUUAGCUCUCAUGAUGGAUUAA